AGUGCUUGGCGAAACCGGGGUUUUAACUUUCUUCCGAAACCAGCCACCGCCAUAUCUAUUCUCAACUGAGCUCCGAGAGUAGAACAUAGCGUGCCAGCUUCAAAGAGGAUCAGUCAUAAUGGCAGGGAGAAAUCGUAUGCCUCGACAUCCUUUGGAUGAUGGGCGGCGUGAAUUCCCACCUGAACGCUCAUUUAUUCGGGCCCCUUUGCCUCCACCACCUCAUCCUGCUCUGCUGGAGAAAGAACUUGAAAUGCAGCAUAUCGAAAUGCGUAGGCUUUUGGUUGAAAAUCGAAGACUAGCUGAGGAUCGUAUCGCCCUGCAGCAGGAGCUAGGUCUUGCGAAGGAAGAACUGCAUCGCAUGAAUAUCACCAUUGCAGAUAUUCAUGCGGAGAGAGAAGCGCAUUCUAGAGAGCUUAUUGAGAAGGGAUUGAAACUGGAAGCUGAUCUACGAGCGGCUGAGCCUUUGAAAAAUGAGGUUCUACAAUUGCGUAUGCAAGUUCAGAAGCUGGAUACCUCAAAGAAGGAUCUGGAUGUACAAGUUCAGAACAUCACAAAAGACUUGGUGAGGUUACAAGCUGAUAAUCAACAGAUUCCCAGUUUGAGGCAAGAGAUUGAUAUGCUGCACCAGGAGCUUAUGCGUGCUAGAACUGCUGUCGAGUAUGAAAAGAAGGCAAAUAUUGAGUUCAUGGAACACAGGCAGUCAAUGGAGAAGAAUUUAGUCUCCAUGGCACGUGAAAUUGAAAAGCUACAUGCAGACCUUGCAAGUGUUGAUGGUAGACCAUGGGCUGCCGGUGGAGCAUUCGGGAAAAAACUCAACAGUCCUGAUGGAGGGUUUCCUUCUGCUUAUGGGAAUGGAUAUGGGGCUCAUCUGGGUGUUGCUGACAAGGGUCCUUUUUAUGGUGCUGGCUCUGGUUCAUGGGGGCUUGAGAAUCCCCGCCCUGCACGGCGUUGAGAUCAGGAUAUUUUCCAUUUGAAAUGGACAAAGGGGACCUGCUAUUUUGUUGCUUUCUUGUUCUCCAGGACUCAAAGGUCUAGAAGUGUUAUGUUCAUCGAUAGGUGCAUGUGGCAUCAGUUAUCUUUUAAGAGAAUGUUCUUAGCAAAUUAGAAACUGUGCUCAAAUAGGAGGUGUAAUGCGCUGUUGGUUUUAUUUUGCUAAAGAAGGGUUACUGUAAACUUUAAACUAGGGUAUUUGACUCAGCUGUUCCCUAGGAGAGUAGGAGAUCUCUUAUGGAUUUCUAUUGCUGUUGACCUUGACUUAUGUUACUUAAAUAGUGC